AUGAAGGCCUCCAUGAUCAUUGCUUCUGCCGCUGCUCUCUUCACCUCCGCACUUGCGGCUCCAGCCAUCGCCCGUGAUGCGCCCCUCGUCUUCACCGUCCAGCUCGCCAAUGACCAGAGUGGCAAAAACGCCAACGCCGAUGUCAUCGUCAACAACGCCGCCGUAACUUUCGGGCAGCUCUUCGGUGGUGCCUUCGGCCCCCAGGUCUGGGCCACUUCGCUCCAGGCUGUCAGCCCCGGUGCUGGUGGCAACAACGUACAGUGCGUGGUCAAGGACCCCAACUACCCCGGACAGGCCAUUGCGCUCAAUGCCUGGAACACUUUCAUCGACCUUGAUGGAAACGUCAACGUUGCUACUCCCACCGAUGUAACCUACUUCACUAUUGAGUGCCAGUUGUAA